AUGGAUUUCGGUAGCCCGCCCCUCCUCGCCCUGCGCCUUGGCAAGGACAUCUCCUUGGUCAUCGCAAGCAAAAUCGCGGAUGCUAGCAACAGCAACAAGAAGACCAUGACGUCCGAUCCAGCGCAAACCAUGGCGGCGACGGCAGCGGCGGCCAAGAUGACGAUGAUGAGCGGCGAUGACGUCCCCCCUCAACGCGUCCACUAUGGCUUCCUCGCACGCUCCGGCCUGGCCAUUUCUCCGCCUCCAGCGCACCCUUCCCCCCCCGCCCGAUCCUACGGCGCCCUUCGUGACGGCGGCGUCGGCGACGAAGCUCUCGUGCGUCACUUUGAUGCCACUCCGGCCUCACCUUCCUCGGCUAUCCCCGAGACCCUCCGCGAGCAACUGGAGGCCAUCCUCGCCAACGACGACUGGACCAGCAUUGGCGGCUACCGUAUUGGCUACUUCCAAGACUGUGACGGCCGCCCUGGCGAUGCCGACACCGAGGCAACCAUCCUCAUCACCCUCUCGAGGCGUAAGUCGGAUUCCCGCGCCCGAAUGACAAGACCAUGGCCGCCGCUAACAAAGGCUCUUAGGAGGAACGAUGACUCUCUUGCAGGAGUGGCCAUCGAGAUCACCAACGGUGAGGUUCAGCCUGCCGCUUCAGCGGUUGAGCAGCUCCACUGUGUCAAGGACAUCACCGACCAGUAUGCCAGCUCCCCGCUCCCUGGUGCCAGCGUGGGAGCUUCGCAGCUUGGCAUGGGCUCUGCCACUCUGGGCGGCUACUUCCGAGCCGUCAUUGAUGACGAGACCAUCUUCUUGGCCCUCGUUUGUCACCACGCCAUCUCGCGCCACGAGGAACCUAUCACUUGUCCAGCAUCUGGCCCUAUUGUCUGUUCUCCUUCCGACGAGGACCACAGCUCUCACUUGCAGCUGCUCAAGGACCUCGGCGCUUCUGGUUACGUAUCGCCCGAUCACCGCUCCCAGAUUGAAGACCUAGUCCUGCGGCUUGAUGGACAUGACCGCGUCCUAGGCAAGGUCAUUUGCAGCUCUGGCAUGGGCCGUUGCCGAGACGGCUAUCUCAUGGAUUGGGCUCUUGUCAAAGUCUACCCGGAGCGGAUGCCUGCGUCUAUGGACCAGCAUCUUCAAGGCCUGCGCCACUGCAUGAUCACCCCAGUGCUUGAGCACCUCGGCGAACGCAAGACCUACUUCAACGAUCAGACUUCUUACGACGGUGUGCUUCUUCGCCGCCCGGUCGAGGGUGCCAUGUACUCGACCGAGGAAGCUCUCGCUAUGGAGAUCGAUCACAAGCGCCACGCCCCUGUUGUCAAGAGCGGCCGCACGACUAAGACCACCACUGGAUCCUGGCACCGCAUCGAGCCAUCCAUCACUGUCACUCAUGAAACCCCGGGCGGUCUGUUCCUCGCACGGGGCCGCGCUCUGAGCAUCUUCGGCCGCCAUGGACGUGGACAAUGGUUCGCAGACAAGGGAGAUUCGGGCGCCCUCGUCUACGAUUAUCGACUCCGUUAUCUCGGCCACAUCGUCGCCACGGACAAGCUUUGCCCGGGCCCUCAUUCGCUCUCUGUCCCCAUGCCCAUGGCCCUCGUUUCUCCCAUGGUUGUCAUUCUUCGCGAUGUCAAGGAGAGCCUGGCUCAGGCAUUUGGCGCGACCAAGGUCGAGAUCGAGCCUUUUGCUUAG